AGGGCAUUGAUAAUCGCCGUACGGCAAUAUACAGGAACCAGAGUGGAUGUAAUCGCCUAUUCAAUGGGUUCACCAAUAGCGAGGAAAGCGAUCCUCGGUGGAAACUGUGUGGAUAGCAGGGAUAUACUUGGACCUCCGUUGACUGAGCUUAUCGAUACGUUCUUGAGUGUUGCGGGUGCAAACUAUGGGAGUUCGUUGUGCUUCGUGGCUAUACCAAUUGGAACGUGCAAUAAGCGGACGGGUCUCUUCUGCAAAUCAACCUUUCUGAAGGAUAUCAACGCACAAAGCAAGUAUGAAGGAGCUUUCGUGUUCAGUAUCUUCUCGACUGCCGAUGAUAAGGUUUGUGAUAAGUUGCUUGAUCGUUGA